UACCUUUAAAUGAAUUACCAGUGGUUAAAUUAUGAAUGAGUGAUAGUCAAUGUCAGUGUGGUUAUUUUUGCUUGUGUUAAAAUAUAAAAUCAUACUUUUAUUAAAAUUAUUAUUAUUAUCAUGUUGUAGGCAGGGGGAAUAAAUGAUUAAUCGUGUUUUUUCUGGCAUCUUCGUUUAAAAAGUGAGGCUCCCAGCAGAGCACCGGUUGCUAGGCAGAGCGCCGCAUAACGCGCGCAUGCGCACUGAGCGCUGCGCGCAAGCCGGGGAUUGGCCAAACAAUGGUAUUAGCGGCGCUAGGAGGGGGGUCGUUGUCCUCGGUGUGGUACUGUCCGAAAAAAUAAACCCAGCGCCAAAAUGUUUCACGUGGUGAGCGCUUGCAAGGGAUAGACUAAAUACGCAAGCGACCUCUGCUGCGCGCGUUAGCUUGGGGAUUUAUUCGAGAAGGAAACAUCUUAAAAGGGUGCUUGACUCCACGCAGGUGUGUCCAGCUGUACACUGACUUCAUAAAGGAAUCUCGCAGGGAUCACAGUCAUGAGAGAAGGGGCAUCUGGAGACCUCACUGGUGUGGAGCUGGAGGGAGUGAUCGAGACAGAGGAGACCCCGGUGAACACGCUUGAGAGGUCAGCAGAGGAGGAGGGGACCACCACCAGGAGGAAGAAGAAAAAGAAAAAGAAAGAGAUCAUCUACCGCUCGGACCUGGAGGCUGAGGAUGCUGGGGAGGGGACCUCGGCGGAUGUGGACGGAGCCUUUAGUCCUCCACUUGACGAAGAAGAAGAGGAUAUCCCUCCUGACAGCCGUUUUGUGACCUUGACUGGCACCAUCACACGGGGAAAGCGGAAAGGCCAAAUGGUAGACAUCUAUAUGACGCUUACAGACAAAGAGCUGAGAGACAUGGCGCGCUCCAAAGAGCGUCUAGAUGCAGAGUGUGACGGGGUCGCAGAAGCCAAGCAAAAACCCUGUGCACUGGGGGUCAGCCAGGGGCCUCAUGUUCUCCUCUGGAGCCUUUCCUGCUCCCCGUUCAUCUUCCUACUCUCCUUCAUCACAUCGUUUUACUACGGGACACUCACCUGGUACAACGUCUUCCUGGUUUACAAUGAGGAACGCAGCUUUCUGCACAAGAUCACGGUGUGUCCCUUGCUCAUUCUGUUAUAUCCGGCGCUGAUCAUGACGUUGUGCGUCUGUAUGGGGGUGUACGCCGCUGUCACCCAGCUGUCCUGGGUUUUUGAAGAAUGGUGGUUGGCGGUGAGGGACCUGGAGAAGGGCUUCUGUGGGUGGAUGUGUGGUAAGCUGGGGCUGGAGGACUGUGCACCGUAUAAUGUAGUUGAGCUGCUGGACUCUGACACUCUGUCCGGGACCCUCCAGGGGAAGAGGAUGGAAGAUGUUGAGCACACUUCUACUUUGUGAACUUGAAAAGAUGUUCUUGGUUAAUACAAGUUAUGUAUUGUCAGUGGCAUCUGUGGCAUGCUGCUGAAGAAGAUCAUUUUGACUUGGACAGGAUAUUUUCUUUUCAACAUAAAAAUGAGUCAAAAUGAUUUUUGACAGCAUUUAACUUGUUUCAAGCCUGAGCAUUCAUAUUAAAGGGUUAGUUCACCCAAAAAUGAAAAUUCUGUCAUUAAUUACUCACUCUCAUGUCGUUCCAAAUCCCUAAGACCUUUGUUCAUCUUUGGAACACAAGAGAUUUUUUCAGGGUUAUGUUUACGUUGUUUACGCACGCUGAAUGUAAACAAGUGCUGAUUACGUUCUGGGAUACUCUCCAAAAUGGUGAAAGAGCAGUAACUCGGGGAGAAGACUUGUUGAAUAAAUUAUAUUAUUAUUGUUUUCUUUGCACAGAAAAAGUAUUCGUAAAAUUACGGCUGAACCACUGAGGACACAUUUACAGAUGUCCUUGUACAAUUAUGAGUCUGGGAACAUUGCAGUUGCAUUGCUGUGUACGAAGGGUCAGAGAGCUCUCAGACUUUAUUGAAAAUAUCUUAAUUUGUGU